AUGACGAUGAUGAUGACUGGCCGUGUGCUGCUGGUGUGUGCCCUCUGCGUGCUGUGGUGCGGUGUAUGUGCGGUGGAAGUGUCAAAGGCCGAUGCUUCUGAAAAUACCAAUGUAUUUCACGUUCCAGCAGAGGGGCCACAGCCUGAAUCCGCAGGCAGAAAUACCGGACAACAGGAACCAUUAGAACACGUCAGUCAAGAGCGUCAAAACGCGGGUAAACCGUUGGAUCCAAAAAACGAAGCGACUGAUGAUCAGAAGAGGGAUCUGGAAAUUGAAACACCAACAGCCGACGAAUUAAGGGGCGAAAAGGAAGAAGUACACAAAGAACAAAUAGAUGGAGGUGCAGGAAGAGAAAAAAGGAAAGAAAUACUUGAAGAACGAAAAGCGCCGCCGGAUGGACGAGGUAGCGAAGGAGGAGCAAGACAGGCAGGCAAGGGUUUAGCGAAAGUGGGAGUUCACUCACCAGCAACAACGCCAUCAGGAGGGGAACGACCAGGAACCAGUGAACCAUCACCGCCAGAAUCUUCAUUACCGGCAGCAUCAACGCAGGAACCUGGAGCAGCAAUACCAGCUUCACUGCAAGAAGCACCAGCAGCGACAAUGAAAAAAAAAAAAGAAAAAACAGUGGAAAACCCCAGAGCAGAACCAGGAAAAGAAAAGCUGAGCUCUGAAGAUGACGUGUCAGAGCAAACGUCUCAAAGAGUCAAUGACGGCGUGGAGCCAAACAAUGAGUUAAAAAAUGAUGAAAAUGUUUCCGUUUUACUAAUCGAACAGAAUGGUGAAUCGGACGGCAAUUCUGAAUCAACACAAGCACGGCCCCUAGCUGUUGGUGAUGCCUCUAAUAUGGGCGCAGAAAAGGGCAAUGAAAUGGGAUUGCAGAAGAAUAACCCCACAGAUAACGGUGCAGUAACAGAAGGUGCAAAACGAGGUGAAAAUAAACAUGGCAACAGGAAGGAAACAUCAGACACAGCGACCAUAACUCAAACAAAUGAGACGGCGACAAAUGGCGACAGUGACGGCAGCACCGCGGCCUUCCACACCACCUCCCCUCUUUUGCUUCUUCUUCUUGUUGCGUGUGCGGCUGCUGCGGUGGUGGCCGCGUGA